AAAAAGUUAAUUCACAAUAGAAUUGGAUAGUGUUAACAUUAAUAAGUAAAAAAAAAAAAACAAAUUAAUUGUUCGAGAAAAAAGUAAAAUCAUGAAUUGGUAUAGUGGUAAUAUUGCUGAGGCUGUGGCAAAAUCCAAGUCCGAAAAUGCAAUAUUUGUCGUUUAUGUUGAAGGCAAAGAUGAGAACUCGGUUAAAUUGUCAAAAUUUAUUGAUGAUCCUAAAAUCAAGGACAAAUUACAAUCUAAGGAUUUUGUGGCAAUCAAAAUUGAAUCCCAAAGUGAAACCUACAUGCAAUUCGCAGCCAUUUACCAGAUCGUGCCAGUGCCUUCGUUGUUUUUCAUUGGUAAAACGGGAACACCCCUUGAUGUUACUACUGGAGUAGUAGCAAGUGUGGAGGAGUUGGAGUCAAAAAUAGUAAAAGUUUUAGAACUUGCAGGCAAGUCACCGAAGACAUCCACUGCGGCUGCUAUGAGUCAAGCGUUUAUAAAUCAAGAAGCAACGGCCAGCACAAGUACUCAGUCCACUGCUAAAGUAAGUCCGGAUGUGGAACAAAAGACAGAGGAGAAGACACAAGAAGAAAAAGAAGUGGACACAAAAACGACUGAAAGCUCGGAAAUUGUGUGUGAAGGAGGCGUUUGCUAUAAAAAACCCAAAGAAACUACAACAACUGACACUGUGGUAGCUGAAGAUGACAAGAAGUCAGAAGAUGAAUCGACUAAAAAAUCUGAAAAGGAAAAAGAAGAAAAAUUGGCUGAAGCAAGAAAAAUAUUGGAACAGAAGAGGAGGGAACGCAUUGAGGAGGAGAAACGUUUGGAAAAGGAACGUGAAUUGGAACGUCGCAAACAGGGAAAAGAUAUGCAGAAUUUACGGGCUUGGCAACGGGAUCAAGAGCUAAAAGAACUGAAAGAUAGCAUAAAACGUGAUCGCCUCGAAGAGCAGGCUGCCCGUGAGAGAAUUCUUGCCCAAAUUGCUGCCGAUAAAGCCGAGAGAGCACAUAAGUUUGCCAAUGACAGCAGUAAUCAAGCUUCAACUUCACAAGCCGCUGCUGCUGCUCCGAAUUCAACCGUACAGCAAAACAAUGUCGCACCACCACCUGUAGCUUCAGAUGAAACUCGUAUACAAUUCCGUUUUGCCAGUGGUGAUGCGAGGACCAAAAACUUCAAGUGUUCGACAACUUUGUCGGAGAUUCAUGAUUUCGUUAAAACUGAACUUCUGCCAGGCACUGGCAUUAAAGACUUUACCCUGGCAACAACAUAUCCCAAGCGGGAAUUCACAGCAGAACACUAUUCCAAGACUAUGAUCGAUCUCGAACUGAUACCAAGUGCAGUUAUUUUAAUAAUCGGCAAAGAAGCCACUGGUCCCAGUGCCAUGAUAGCUAAACAAGGCGGUUUAUUUAAUAUAUUCUACAUGAUUGUUAUGUCAAUACUGAAUCCUGUAUUUUCAUUGUUCACCACUGCUAAGAAUUGGAUCACUGGCAACAGAAAUGGUAACAAUAAUGCACAAGCCACCGGAGCACAGAAGAGAGCCAAUGAGGAACGUGGUGUUCAAGAUGAUAUUGCAAAACGUCGUAACCUUGAUCGAUUUGUGGGAGGUGGCAAUGCUGUUUCUGAUAGCGGCAAUAGCAGAAAUGGCAGCGGCGGAACUUCUGACUCAUCGCCAACACCUUCUUCUCAAGCCUAUCGCCGUUAUGUCACCGGUUCGAAUGUGCACCGCCUUGCAGAUAAUCGCAAGGAUUCCGAUGAUGAAAAUGCCACAUGGAAUGGUAACUCAACACAACAACAAUAAUUCCACUUUGAAAAUGUUUUUUCGAUUUAUUUCUAAAAUUAUUAAUUCCUUUUAAGAAUCUUUUUAUAUAAAAUAUCGAAACCCAUAUUUAUCUUGUAAGUAAUUGGAAACACACCUCUAUAUGUACUGUAUUGUGAAAUUGGUAUUUGUUUUGUUUCUGAAAAAAUUGAUAAACGAAAAAAAAUAUGUGUUUGGGUAUGAACAUUGAAAAUAAAAGCUUUUGUAACUAGUUACAAAUCUAUUUAACAAUACAAUAAAAUAUUCUAUUUGGUAUGUAAGUACAAA